CACUGACGGAGGCGCCAUUAAUGUUUACGUAACAACAGACGGACUUUGUGUUAGGAAAUUAUGUUGCUUUUUUAAAACAAACUACAAGAAACACGGCGUCAGUAGCAGCUUUUCUUCAUUAAUUUCUCCAGGAGACGACAAACCUAUUCUUCUUCAAUAAAUCUGAAUGCUUGACAAAAAUCCAGAAAGUCUAAAGCAGCUGUAAAAUGAUCCAUAAGUAGCAUCAACAAAUCUCUGCAGAACUGAAAUUUCUAAAUAAACCAGAAUAUGUCUGACUUCACUAAGAAACAGACUUGACUGGAAACAGAUGACCUGAACACUAAGGAAUGUGGCAGGCCAUGAAGUCUGGGGAGGAAAGGUUUAUUUCUUCUUUUUGAGAAGUGCACUUUCACGAUGAUUUCCAGUUUAAAACAUACUUUUAUUAUUACUGCUGUUUUCUUCCUGAAUAUUGAAAUGUAUAUUUGCACGUGUGCACGAGCUGAAUAUGAGAUAAACGGAGAAUGCUGUCCCAUGUGUCCACCAGGAAGCCGUGUUUUUAGACAUUGCACUGAAUUCACCAGCACAACAUGCAAACAAUGUGUUGUUUUAACUUACACGGAUGAACCCAAUGGCCUUGCAAGCUGCAUUAUCUGUACAGUGUGUGAUGCUGGACAGGGUUUAAAAGUAACGGCCUGUACAUGGACUUCAGAUACUGUCUGUGAGCCGCUGGAGGGAUUUUACUGUACUGAUGAAUACAGCACCAGCUGCAGAUACGCAGUGGAACACACAAAAUGUAGCCCUGGACAAUACAUAAAGCAGAAAGGAACAGCAUUAAAAGAUGCUGAAUGUGCAGAGUGUGCAGAUGGGACCUACUCCAAUGGCUCCCUUCAAAUUUGUAAACCACAUUCAAAGUGUGAAGAUUUUGGACUUACAGAAAUAACAAAAGGGACAAAUUCUCUGGAUGUUGAAUGUGGAAAAAAACGUCCAGUAGCUCUAAUAGCUGGAGUCUCCCUAGUUAUAGUGGUAGUUUUUGCUGGAUUACUUAUUGCUAUUGUGAGAAUGCGAAGGAAAUGCCAACUUAGAGAUGGUACUGAGAGGAAAACAAGACACGAGCCAGAUGGAUGUGCUGCUUUAUGUUUACAGCCGGAUGGGCUGACAAAAUGAACAUGAAAAAUACAUUUUCUCAACUCUGUCCAGGUAAGUCAACAGCAGUAUUCACUCAAUUUAUCAAAUUUUAUAAAUAGAGACAAUUUGGUUUAGCAAGGUUACAAGUUAAAUUGAAUUAGGUAGAUAUGUAUAUUUGACCAGCAGAAGUGUACAAGAUAUUUAUUACUUUAAAAAUCCACAGCAAAGUAAAAAACCUGUACACUGUUCACCGACAAAUCCACUGAUAAUUUGUUACACUUUGUUUUAUACAGGUAACGAGCUGAGAUUAGGAGCACUCCCUUUCACUCAUUAAAACGCAAAUGAAUUUAUAA